CAGGGGCGGACUGACCAUUUGGAAACUCGGGCACUUCCCGAGGGCCCGGGGUCAGUAGGGGGCCCCAUGAGAUGCCCCUGGUACCUUUUUCAUAGGCUUUUUUGAGUUUGGGCAAGGACACAGGGGCCCCAUGAUCCCCUAUUGCCCGGGGGCCCCAUGAGUUGUCAGUCCACCCCUGCUCCUAAAUAUAAAGGCUGAGAUUUCCCUCUAGAAAUGCUAAUUGCCUGGCUGCCAUGUACAUCAAUGGG